UACAGGUGAUUGCUACUUUGGUGUUGAUCAUCAUCAUCAAUCGACUGAAGAGGUGAUAAUCCUCUACUGGAUACGGAGGAUAUUUAAAAAUGAAAUUGUGAUCUUCAAUUAGGAAACGUUUCGAAAACAAAUUGGAAUUUCCAGCCAUCUUCAGGCAAUCCUCCAUGUCCGUCUCAUGUAUGAGUUAUCAAAGGAUGGACAUGUAAGAUACACUACAUAUUUACAGUAGCCGGUAGAACUGGUGGGGUUGUGUGAAACCCACGCGUAACUAACAGUGCCAGUUCAAGAUAGAAGACCGCAGUAAGAUGUCCAGCAGAAGAGGAAAUGCAUCAGGAAGUACCUCGAAGAAGAGGGACGACAAAGGACACGGAAGUAGGAAAUCAGCUGACCGAGGCACGAUGGUACGUAAGGUUGGAAAGCACCACUACUUAGCUAGUCACAAUGGAGGGUCUUUGGGCUACAUACCCGGCCACCAUUACAGGGGAUACUCCACUGAUGGGGAGGAGAGCCAGAGGUCUAUGACAGAGCGAAGGGAACGCCGGCGACGCAGUCGAAGCGCCGCGGCAUCCCUGACGGGGCUUUCUGACAACGAGGCGGGCUCCGACAUCUACAUCACCAGCCCGGCCUACAGGGCGCCUUCAGAAUACAGUCGGGGCUCGAGAGCAUACUCCUACAGAUCCAGACCUCCGUCAGGAAUGAGUGGAGCAACAGUGAAAUCCAAAAUAGAUAGAAAAAGAGGAGUUGUAGUAGAAACAAUGUCUGCGCCUAACCCAUUCUGCCCUAACACAAAGGGCCUUUGCUGUUUAAUGUUACUUCUCAAUUUGGCUCUAAUUCUCAUCACACUUGGAUUUGUAAUUGUCAUUCAGUUUUUUGAACCGUUCUUUGUUUGGAUCUUAGGCAUAGUGUUCCUGAUCUUUGGCUUUCUGACUCUUAUUGGAUCACUUAUCUAUUGCGUCACUGUCUGCAAAGAUGUAAAAUCCCCAUCAGAAGUAGCAAGAGGAGAGCACUACUGGACACACCACUGGCGCGGCACGAUGGGCACUGUUCCACCUCAUGAGAUCCAUUAUCGCCACGAUGAUAAGUAUGCAACAGAUACAGAUGCAUAUAGUGUUUCGGAGAAGCACGUCCGACCGAAUUCAAGGUAUUAAGAAGAUACAAAGAGAACUUCAGAGACGUGCUAAUACUAACAUAUUCUAGAAACUCGGUGGUGUAGUAUUUCUAAACUGCCUAGCAACUGUAUGUAUUGAGUGGUUUGGUGAUGAAUUUAAAGUUACCACUCACUGAUGUAACUAAAAAUCUUACGAAGUAAGAUGUUUUUAAGCUAAUGUUUGUAUGAGUGUAGUCAAGUCAGAGCAAAUCGCACCAUAAUAACAUAUAAUCGUAAUGUCGAAGCCUGCGUAAUUUUUAAUGUUUUAUAUUAAAAAUUCCUAACAUAACUAUUUCAAUUUAUCCUAACACUAUCAACAGAAUUUUUCUGCAUGGUUUAACAAGUAUUUUAUGUAAUAUGCAGAAGAUUCGUGGUAGAAAAAAGGAGGCAAUGGUAUUUCAAAAAAAUUGAAUACAAUUAUGAUAUUUUUCUGUAUUUUUGAAAAAAAAAAAACGAUGAUUUUAUAAUGAUAAUAAACAACUAUCAAUGCAAUAAACUAUUGAUCAUGCAAGUUCUGAUAACCAAUAAACCAAAUUACAGUACAAUAUUGAUAGUCUGACAUACGUAAAACUGACUUGUUCAAUAAUAAGGCAAGCUUGUGAUGUUUACGGAAUAAUAAUUAUUUCAACUAUUUAUUGUGUGGGGAACCUAACUGUGUGAUUUGUAUUUCUGUCACAUGUUCUUCAUUUCUGGAUACAAAGUUGUAGUGUUCAUUAAUUGUGAUUAUAAACAUUAAUUAAUUAAUAAAAUUAAUAGCAUUAAUUAAUCAAGAUCACCCAGAACAUGCUACUCCUAUAUUCCUGAAAAUACCUAAAUAUGUCUAAUAAAAGAAACUUUUUAAUUUUAAUUACAUAUUUUAACUUUUUGAGUUAGUCAAACAAAUGAUAUCAACUUAAUUAAAUUUCUAAUACAUAUGUGUGAAUUAGAAACUUAAUGACCUAACCUAAAUUAAACAAGUAUAAAGAUAAGGCAUCUCUGUGGUGUGUAAAAAGGAUUGUCAAUACUCGACUACUUUUGACAUUCAUCGGGAAUCUGGGAGUGAUCUGGGUGAUCUUGAAACCGACCAGAACUUUUUAUUAUCAAAAUGGAAUUAAUACCAAAUAAUUCCUUGAUACAGAAGUACUAAUAAAACAAAUUUAGCUAUGUAUUAUUUCAAGUUUAAUUUUUUAAUUUGCAUUAUUCAAAUGGAACAUUCCAUAGUCUGGAAUAUUUUUUUUUUUUUUUAUAUAUAAAAAAUAAACUUGUAAUUAAAUAUAUUGUAACAACUUGUCAGUCGUAUUUUCAAAAUUGGACUUUACUUCUAAUUUAUAAACAUUUUUAAAGAGGAAUGUUACCUACAUUUGUCUCCUUCUGACAUUUGGGGCUUGGUUUUUGAUUUAGUCAUUAAUAAAUCAAUAGUAUCAAAGAAAAAAAAAAAAGUUCACUCAAAGUAUUAACGUUAACGUUUAUUUGGUUAUGAGAAAGACUUGUAAAAAUUGGUUAAAUUUUACUAUUAAAUUAAAUUAUAAAUUUGACCAUUAUAUAAAAAUGGAAAAAUUUCAAAUGGUCCAACUUCAGAAAAUCGGAUAAUUUUAAUUAUAUAAACUAAAUAUAUGAUCUUUAUUAUCUGGAUUAUAAUAAUCAAAGCAAACAAUAUUUUUACUUUGAGAAAAUAAUAUGUAAACAGAUGAAAAUAUAUUGCAUUUGUUCUUAAUGUAAAUUUAAAUUAAUCAUCAACCCAAAACUAAUUUAGCAUAAAUAUUUCUUUUGUGUUUUUACAUAUGAGUUAAGAGUUAUUUAAUUUCAUUUUUAUAUCCAACUCCUAGACCAUUAACCAAUGAGUUCAGUAGUUAAAUAAGAAAACUUCAGUAGAUUUUACUUUCUUAUAAAUAUAAACUUUAACCUAUAAAUUUGCCCACAAAGAAUUUUUUAACUUAAAGUAUGAUAAAAAAUAAAAGUACUUUUUUUGUAUGAUGCAACCCAGGUAUACCCUCUAAUUAAUAUUAGAUAUGACCGGUGGAGAUUUACUAUGUCCAUGAUUUUAAAUAAUACAAGAAACCUAAGAGAAUUGUCUUUGUCACAAUUUAGAAAACUCAAACAAAUCAUAAUAUAUGCCCCAUAAUUUAUAUAUGAACAACUUACAAAUAAUAUCUUGAGAAAUUCUGAUCAUUAGAAACAUUGUAUAAAAGUAUACCAAUUAAUACAGAAAAGAGUUAAAUAAUUGCAUAAAACUAAAUAUUUAGAAGUGAUGAUAGCUGAUUUUUUUCUUAUUUAAAUUUUAUCUUUUAAUAGAGUGGUCAAUAUUAAGAGAUUCUGAAUUUGGUAACUUUCCUCUAUAAUUAAUUAAAAAAUAUAUUUGGUUAUUAUUCUUUUAACAUUUAUUAAAUAAAAUUAAAAAAAAAAAAAGCAGUCUGUUUUAUAAUGUUAUUCAACCUUAAGGUUAAUCAUCAUUAUAAAAAUACAUGUCUUUAUUUCUUUCCAAAAGAAGGGAUGUUUUGUUAAAUGAAGUAUUGUACUAUGUUGUGUUGUUACGAACUAAACAAAUUAGUCUUCCUAACUUAUAACAAAGUUAUUUAUAAAUGCAAACAAUUAACAAUAAUUUAUAUUUAUAAUUAAUUAAGGUGAUGUAAAAUUGUAAUCAUGAUCAUUUUGAAGCAAUUGAAAUGUAAUUCUGUAAAUAUUGUUUCUUGUGUGAUGAAAUUGUUCUCCGAAUUCUCACUAAUUUUUGUUAAAUCUUUUGUACUAAAUUUAUGGUCAAAAAUCAUGUAUAUAAAACAAUAACAGAAAAUGGUGGAAAUGCACACACAUUUUUUUAAAUAUUUAAUGUCAUAAGUUGUAAAUAAGUUUUGUAAAGAAAACUGUUAAAGCUAUAUAAUGUAAAUAACACAUUUAUAUUCUUUAAUGAAACACAUCCUAUUCUUUAAAUUAAAAUAAUAUUUUAAAGUAGUAUAAGGAAUAUUUUAUUU